UUUUUAGCAGUAAAAUGAAUUGUAUAAAAUUUUAGACUACUGUAUAAUGAAUUGGAUUUCAAAAUUUAUUAGCACAUAGCGAAAAAGUACAGAAAUAUUCUGACUAAAUUAAAAUUAAAUGGCAGUAACGUAAUUAAUAGCCAUUCAAAUGCUAUAAAUAAUUUUAUCAAGCUUUUGUUUGUGUUUUAUUGUAUUUCUUACACUCUCUAAAGAUUGAAGUAAUAAAUUAGUUAAGGGAAAAUUUUGAAAUGGCUGAAGUAAAAAAGAUCUGCUGGAUCUUCAUCAUAGCCAACAGUAACCUGAAGUUUUCAGGCACCUGUAGUUUUCGGUUGUAGUUUUCAGGAAACCUUAGAAAAAACUUUAAUAGUUUUCACCCAGGAAUUUUUUUUUAAGUACGAGUUUUAUUUUAAGAAUAAUGAAUGUGGUUGCUGAAAGAAAUUGUUCUAUCUGAAAAUAUUGUUGAAGAAUGUAUUUUCUAAACGAGAAAAAUAUUUCUGAACUGAUCAGUGCGAUUAGCAUAAUAACACUUAUUAUUUGUGAAUAUGUCAUUGGUAAAAAACUCGAAUCUUAUUGUUCAUUUAACAUUAGAAAGUGUAUUUAAAAACGAGUAAUUACUAAUCCAAGUGUGAAUCAUCUAUAAUUAAAAGUCGAUGUAUGGGAAAUAUAAGUAGAGAAUAAGGAAGGAAAGGCAAGUAGAUAAAACACCACAGAAAACUUCACUUUAAAUUUUCACAAAUUAAAAAUAUUGUAGAGUCUAGUGAAAAAUUUCAAGCCUGUUCUUCGAGUUUUUAUGGUAUAGAAAUAUCAUCUGAUGUGCCAGGCUCUUAUGAUUCGAGUCAAAGAAUAUUUAAAGGGAAUUUAGGUACCUCUUUUUCUCAUAUAUUUGGUGGUCACAUUAGUGUGUCUAGUCCAGAAAUUAAUGUAAAAUAUUACGAUUUUCCUCUAAAAACCUAUUUUUGAAUAAAGUAAAAAAAAAAACGUAAUUUCUGAUUAGAAUUUGAUGAACAAUAAACAGAGUUCUGGCAAUGAUUUGAAAUCUAUAAAUAGUGCACAUCUGUCUAGGAUUUUUUUCCAAAAGAGGACGAUGGAAUCAUUUCAAUUUCUUAUAAAGUGCUGAAAAUCAAAGCAGUGGUGCAGUUAACUUAAAAAAUAUAAUUUGUCCAAACCUGAUAUAUCUGUGAAAAACAUUCAAUUACCUACUCUUUCCAGUGAAGUACCAAAUCAAGCCUUUCAUAAUUAUCACAACUAUAUUAAUCGAAAAAAUAUAACCGAGACUAUAAUGAUUGAUAUAAUUGUCGAGAAAAUUUUUCUGAACCAAAUAUUUCAUUUCAGAAUAGGGCUGAAUCUUAUAGUUGGGAAAAACAUUUGAUAUAUUUGAAUACUUCAUCUAACAAAGAACUGAAUCCUCUCAACCCUUUUACAACUAUGGUUAGGUGAGUUAUCUUAAGCAUCGUACUUCUUAAAGCUGUGAUCAGACAAGCUAUCUUAACCUUGUUCUGAAACUGAUAAACCUAUACAUAUUGCGGUAAUUGAAAACAUAUUUUUUAGUGAUAUUGGAAGUAAGUAUAGUCUAUGUCAGUCUUAUGAUAACUCAAUGAAACAAAUAUCUAGUAAGCAAAGGCUUUCCCUAUCUAAAAUGAACGAAAAUAGUCAUAAAUGUUAGUUUUGUUCUAGAAAGUUUCGCCGAAAAGCGUAUCUUACCUCUCAUUUGCAGAGAUGCUCUGAAAAAAGUUUGAUUAAAUGUCAUAAAUGCUCAAAGCAAUUUUUUUCAAGGAAAAGAUUCAUCAUGCAUUUUAUAGCAAUGCACAAAUAUACAAAAAAAAUUAAAUGUGGUAUUUGUUUGCAAGAUUUUAACAAAAAAUCCUAUUUAUACAGGCACAAUAUUUUAUUUCAUAAAAAUGGGGAACUUCAUUUGUGUGAAAUUUGCCAAUGUAAUUUUUUUGAUGUAAAAUUAUAUUUGAAUCAUCCAUGCAAAAAAUGGUGUAAUGCGAAAUGUAUGCAAAAUAGGUCUUCAAUUGAUGCUCAUUUUAAAAGUAAUAAUAACACAAGUAAUAAAAAAACUGGUGCUGAAGCUUGUAAGGAAAUACUUCAAAUUUCAAGAAGAACAGUUAAAGACUCAAACCCAUUGCCCUCUUCUGAAUCUUGUAACGAAAUAGUUAAAUUUUCAGGAAGAACAGAUUACUUUAAUCGAAGAACAGAUAAAGACUCAAAUCCAUUGAUCUCUACUGAAGCUUCUAAGGAAGUAACUCAAAUUUCAGAAAGUAAUUAUGUUAAUGAAAGAACAGAUAAAGACUCAAACCCAUUGCUCUCUUCUGAAACUUUUAAAGAAAUAGUUCCCAUUUCAGGAAGGAAUUACAUUAAUCAAAGAACAGAUAAAGGAUCGAAUCCAUUGAUCUCUACUGAAGCUUCUAAAGAAAUAGUUCAAAUUUCAGGAAGUAAUUACUUCCAUCAUAGAACAGACAAAGUUUCAGAUCUAUUGACCUGUUCAAAUGAGAAGUGUAUAAUUUGUCAAAAAAGCUUUUCUUGCAAACUAGAGCUUGUAUGCCACAGUUUCCGCCACAAGCAAACCAAUCUUGUUUGUCCAAUUUGUAUGCAGAAAUUUGAAACUAUAACAGGCAUCAAAACCCAUUAUUUGAAUCAUUUUGAAGGAGAGAAACAUUUGUGCAGAAUUUGUGAUAAAAUUUUGGACAGUAAAGAGGAGUUGGUUUAUCAUGGUUUUUGUCAUAAACAAUCUUUUUGUUCAGUCAAAUCCCUUUAUGUCUGUCCAGUUUGCAUGAAAACUUUUAAAGCUAUAUCUGACGUCAAAAACCAUUAUGUGACACAUUUUGAAGUUAAAAAAUAUAAACAUGUGUGUAGUAUUUGCAAAAAACGAUUUUUUCUGAAAACUGACCUUGUUCACCACAGUUUGAUUCACACUGAAAACAAUCUUAACUGUGGUGUUGUUAAACAAAACUUCAAUACGAUAUUAGACUUGAAAGCAUGCCCUUUAAACUGUACUAACGAAUUUACUUAUGCUGAAUCUCAUUCUGAACUUAAUGAUUGUAUACAUAACGUGGUAAUUGAAAACAUUGUUUCUUUGAAUGGUAUCAAAAACAAUGUAAGGCAAAGUAAAUCUUAUUGUAUGAGAAAAAAUCUGAUUAAAUGUCAUAGAUGUUUAAAGCAUUUCUCUUCAAGGAAAAAAUGCAUGUUGCAUUUUAUUGCAAAACAUAAAUAUGCAAAACCCUUCCAAUGUAGGGUGUGUUUACAGAGUUUUAAUAAAAAACUCUAUUUAAACCGGCAUAAUUAUUUAUUCCACAAAAAUAGCAUUCUUUAUUUUUGUGAAACUUGCCAGUGUAAUUUUUUCGACGAAAAACUAUAUUUAAAUCAUCCUUGUACAGAAUGGUGUAGCAUGAAAUGUACGCAAGACAGUUUUUCUAUUUAUACUUUUUUUAAAAGCAAUAAAAAUGCUGAUGACCACCCUUGUAGAAACAUAGCUAAACUUCCAGAAAAUGUAAACAGCUUAUCUAUUACAAAUGCUUCAAUUGUGCCUACUCAGUGUUUGAAAAGUGUUGCUAAUUUAUCUAAUAUUACUACACAACUUGUUGAGGAUAUAGAAAAUGUGCAUAAGUCUCCUACAAAUAUCCCAUCUGUUCCACUUCUACAUAAAAACUCAAAUGAUCAAACUGUUGUGAUUCAAGAUGCUGUAUUCAAUUUGCCUAUCACAGAUUCUCUACCCGUUCCUGUAAAAGAAAACUGUAAUAAUCAAAGUGUAGACAUCAAAAAAAUGGUCUGCAAAGUGCCUGUUUUAAAUACUUCAGCUGAUUGUGUAGAUGAGAACUCAAGUAAUCAAAUUUCUGGUAUUCAAACGAUUCUAUACAAUUUGCCUAUCACCGAUACCCUAUCCAUUCCUAUUUUUGUAAAAGAAAAUUCAAGUAUGAGAACUGAAGAAAGUGAUUACUGCUCGCCUAUUACAAAUACAUUAUCUGUCCCAAUAGAUGAAAGCUCAAAUAAUCAAAGUGUGGAGAUUCAAGAAAUUGAGAAUAAUGUGGAUUCAGCAUCCUGCUUACAAGAAGAAGCUCAUUAUUUUUGCUUUGGCUGUAAGAGAAAGUUCACAACAAUAUCAAACUUCAGAAAGCAUAUUUGUGAAAAGAUUACUACUUAUAAUAUUUAUGCUUGUCUUAAAUGCAAUAAACGAUUUCCAAUGCUAGGUGACCUCGCAGAACACAUAUGUAUAAAAAUAAUUGAUGAAAAAAUACUUGAUACGAUACAUACAUCAAUGAUAAGAAUACCAACAUGAUUGAAGAAGAAGCAGAACAAGAUAAUAGUAGUCGCAUGAUUGUUGAAGGAGAAGAACAAGAUAAAACUAUUAACUUUCUGUGCGAAAUUUGUCGAAGAAGUUAUGAACUUGAAGAAGAUCUGAUACUCCAUAGCUUCUGUCAUAUACAAGAAAGACCGUUUCCUUGUCCAGUUUGUAACAGGAAAUUUAAAGAAGUAAGAGAUUUAAGAUAUCAUUACUUACGAGAAAUGAAAUCAAAUCUUAUCAAAGAUAAGAAUGCCAACAUGGUUGUUGAAGAAGACACAGAACAAGAUAAUAGUUGUCACAUGAUUGUUGCAGGAGAAGAACAAGAUAAAAUUAUUAACUUUCUGUGCGAAAUUUGUCAAAGAAGUUAUGAACUUGAAGACGAUCUAAUACUUCAUAGCUUCUGUCAUUUACAAGAAAGACCGUUUCCGUGUCCAGUUUGUAACAAGAAAUUUAAAGAAGCAAGAGAUUUAAAAUAUCAUUAUUUACGAGAAAGACAUGGGCAUGAAGACGAUGUGCUAUGCAAUGUAUGCUUUAAAGUGUUUUCGCUCAAAAAAUAUAUGUUGUAUCACUACCACAUUCAUAAGGAAAUGCCUUUUGAUUGUAUUGGUUGUAAGAAAAAGUUUAGGACCACGAAAGAUUUGAAUGACCAUAUCUGUUUGAAAAGAAUACCUUUUGACUGUAAUGGUUGCGAGAAAAAGUUUUGGACAACGAAAGAUUUGAAUAACCAUAUCUGUCAGAAAAGAAUAUCCUUUGACUGUAAUGGCUGCGAGAAAAAGUUUAGGAUCACGAAAGAUUUGAAUGACCAUAUCUGUCAGAAAAGAAUAUCUUUUGACUGUAAUGAUUGCAAGAAAAAGUUUAGGACUAAGAGAGAUUUGAGUGACCAUGUCUGUAAAAAAAGAAUACCUUUUGACUGUAAUAGUUGCGAGAAAAAGUUUAGGACCACGAAAGAUUUGAAUGACCAUAUCUGUCAGAAAAGAAUAUCUUUUGACUGUAAUGAUUGCAAGAAAAAGUUUAGGACUAAGAGAGAUUUGAGUGACCACAUCUGUCAAAAACGAAUACCUUUUGACUGUAAUGAUUGCGAGAAAAAGUUUAGGACCACGAAAGAUUUGAAUGACCAUAUCUGUCAGGAAAGAAUAUCUUUUGACUGUAAUGGUUGCAAGAAAAAGUUUAGGACUAAGAGAGCAUUGAGUGAUCAUAUCUGUCAGAAAAGAAUGCCUUUUAACUAAUGGUUGCGAGAAAAAGUUUAGGGCUAAGACAGAUUUGAGUGACCAUAUAUCUGUCAGAAAAGAAUGCCUUUUGACUGUAAUGGUUGCGAGAAAAAGUUUAGGACUAAGAGAGAUUUGAGUAACCAUCCCUGUCAAGAAGAAAUUAGUAAAACAGUAUAUUCCUGUUCACAAUGUAAAGGAAAUUUUGAAGAUGACUUAAAUCUAAAAAAGCAUAAGUGUAGUGCAGAGGAAAUAGACUUUGGUACUUGCUCAAAAAAUGUUGCUGUUCAAGGUGUAAUAUUAGGAAGAAAUGCUAAUUAUUGCAUUUAUUGUGAAUGUUAUUGUUUAGAGUUAGAACACCAUGUUUGCCCAAAGAAGAAUAUAGCAAAAACUCUAAAUGCACGUUCGGAAAUUAACAACUUUCAUCCUAAAGUUAACAAAGCAUUGUGUUUUUUCAAUGAAAAGUGUAAGAAUUGUGAUAAGAUCUUUAAUAAUGAACCGAAACUUGUUUAUCAUAGUUUUAGUCACGAAAAAUUAAAUUUUGUUUGUCCUAUUUGUGAGCAGAAAUUCAGAACUUCGUCAGCCAUCAAAAUCCACUAUUUGAAACAUUUUGGUGGAAAAAAACAUUUGUGCAGUAUUUGUGAAAGAUGUUUGAUAGUAAAUAGGAGCUUGUAUAUCAUAGUUUUUGUCAUAAGCAAUCCUUUUGUAGAGUCCUAUCUCUUUUUGUUUGCCCAGUUUGAAACCAAGCAUUUAGAACCAUAUUGCAAAUCAGAAAACAUUAUAUGACACAUCUUAAUGUUAAGAAAUACAUCUGCAGCAUUUGCAAUAAAAGAUUUUAUCUAAAAAGCAAUCUUAUUCGUCACAGUUUAAACCGUAACGAAAAAGUUUUAAAUUGCGAUGCUUGCAAAAAGUUUUUUAAGACAAUGUUUGACUUGGAAACACAUACAUGCAAAAAAGUCACUUCUUCACAUUGUCUUAGAAGUAUGUCCAUUAUCGGUAAACCAACUCAGACUGCCGAGAUAAACAAACUACAAAUGUGCAAGUAAGCAAAAGAACUUUCAAAGAAGGUCAUGUACAAAAUCAAGUCAAUAACAGAAAACUGCGCAAAUGUGAUCCUUGUGAGUUGACUGUUAUUGGUAAAGAACCCCUAAUUAAACACAAAAAAAUUACAUGAUAAUAAAAUUUUAAAUAAUCAUGUAAGAAAAAGCAAAACAGUUUGUAAUGAUCCAAGAAAGCAUGCUGGAUAUCAAAACUGCUUUGAAGGUAAAAGAUGAUUCAAAUGUGAAGUUUGUGAUUUAUUCGUUAUGGGUAUAGCAGCCCUUGGUGAACACAGAAUGAUGCACCAAAAUGAAAAUGAAAGCAACCAAUUGAAAAUGAGUGAAACAAUUUGUAAUAAAGAAGAUGAUAUAAAAAAAAAGCAAAAUAAAUGUAAAAUACAACUCAAAAAGAAGAAAUAUUUGCGGAAUUAUGAAUGUAAAAAGAUUCUAACUGAAAAUAUAGUUAUGUCUGUAAUGUUUGUGAUAAGGGUUUUAAUGAUUAUGAAGAAUUCCUGUGUCAUAUUUAUAUAUCACAUGAAAAAAAGAUUCUUAGUUGUCGUAAAUGCAGAAAAAGUUUCAGUACAAUUGUUUGCUUCAAAAUUCAUAAAUUUAAUCAAAGAUAUGAAAUCUUUAAAAAGUAUACACGAGUCAGGCAACCAGAGACUUUGUGAAUUGUGUAACAAAAAGUUUUUUACAAACCGCGAUCUCCAUACAUAUUAUCAUAGGAUACACCCCGAAAGCUCGUAUGUGUGUAAAAAGGUUUGAAAUAUUACGAGUAAAAAUGUUUACUUUUAUGCUAUGUAUCAAGACCACUUUUUCUAAUUUGUAAUUUUUUUUAUAUAUUUUUUUUCGUGAACUUUAAUUUUGUUUUGACAGGUGGAAUUCUAUACUAUUGUGUUGAAAAAUAUUUAUUCAAGAAAAUAGUCUUCCAGACAGUUGUUUAAAUUAUUAAAUGUCCCCUAAUUAUCAUCACAUUAUGAUAAUUAGGGAAGAUGAUUAAGUAACAUUAAUCAAUUCUCAAAAAAUAUUAAAUUUUAUUACUAUGAAAUUGUGCAAUAUUUUGCGCUAAUUGAUUGUAUUUUUACUGUUAUUUUUAAAAAUUGACUUUAUUUUAUUAUUAAAUGUACUUUAUGAUGUAAAAAUAAGUUAAUAAGUGUGCUUGUCUUUGUUACAGGCGUGAGGAUAUUCAGCGAAUUUGAGAUUUUUUCUGCGUUUCAUAAUUUUACUUUUUUUUUAUUUGGUCAUUUCUCUUUUUUCUCUCUUUUUUUUGGUUUUAUUUAUGAAAGUGUUAAAAAAUAACUACAUGCCGAAAAUUUUUUUUGAUGCACGUUUUCUUGCCACUUCACUACCUCCGUUUUUCGUAUUUAUAUUAAUAGUUUUCUUUUUUUAUUUAUUUAACAAUUUAAUUGAAAUUUUGUUACCAUACUUCCUUUAUUCUAAGGUAUAUUUAAAAAAUUUUAAAAUUUAUAUUUUUUUGAACAGGCGAUCUAUUAGUGAUAUGGUCGAAAUUUUGGUUUAAAGUUUAAAAGAUUUACUGUGAAUUAGCAUAGUUAUAUAAUACUAAAUUUGAUAAUUUUUCUUCCCAUGAAGUAGCAUUUAAAGCAAAAACAUUCUUGCUUAAUAAAUAUGCUUUCUUCAAAAUAGUCAUUUAAUUUAAUUUUUCGAACAUUCUUUUCCUAUUUUUCUUCUCUUUUGCUGUCUCAUGCCUAAUUUUGUUGUGUAUGUGUAAAAACGCAAAAUGUAAGAAAAAAAAAAGACUGAUUAAUUUAAAAAUUAAUUGAAAAAAAAAAAAGAUAUUGAGCAUGUUGCACUUUGUUUAGAUGACCAGAUAAUUGUCACUCAAUUUCAAAAUUACUUACAAAGUUUUCCAACAGAUGGCUGAGGGGAUUGAGAAAACUGUGUAACAAGCACUGUAUGUGAGACCAUUUUAACUAAAAAUAUUUGCACAAGCUAAAUUUAGCUUUAUCAUAUGCCUUGCAGUUGUUGCAAAUAGUAGUUAUUUAAGAAGCAUUUUCAUUUCCCAACCUGCAGCGCCAUCUGUUGAUAAACUUUGUCUAUUGCUUGUAUAUAAAUUUUGAAACUUUGUGAAAAUAGACAUGUGAUUUUCUCAUCAAAAUACUACAAACUGUACAUAUAUAACUGUAUAUUAUCUCUUAAAUUGAUUUCUCAAACCAUUGGUAAUUUUUGUCUUACCUGGUUUAUGUUAAUAUAUUCAGUGCCAAAUAUUAAUUGCAUAAAUACACAGAAGUGCAGCUACAUGUGAUAAAAAAGCAAUGCCUCUAUAUGCUUGAUGUAUAAUUUUUUUAGGUUAUCUUUAACCCUUCACAUGCUAUGGGCCUGUUUUAACGGACAAUUAACGGCUGUUAAUCUAUCAACAGUUGAAUUUUCAAUUGAUUCAAUUCGUAAUUUCCACAUGACUUCAUUAUUAUUUAUUUCAAAAUAAUUCUACUUUUAAUAUUUUUAAAAAAAAAUUCAGAAAAUUAAACUACAAUAAAAAAUGUUAGAAUCUUAUAGAAUAAUGAAAUAGAAUUCAUGAUAUUUACAAACUUAUAUAGCAUUCCUACUGAUGUGCUUUUAAAAACACAUAUCAAACUCUUAAUUUCUAGAUUUUAUGUGAAUUAUUAUUUUUAUGAAAAAAUGACAAAAAAUAUUGCUGGUGCAGCUUUUGGAAAAUAUUUCAUAUUGAAAUGAAAAGUUUGCUUUCAAAACAUUCGACUUUUACUCAAAAUCGAUUAUUUAUCGCAAAAAGAUGAGCAAAGAACAUCUCCUCUCUUCUCUUAAGAUAAUAACCAAGAAAACUUUUUAAUUAGUUUUCGGGCGAUACUAUCAAAACAAUUCCGAGCGGGCUUCAGCUUAGUGUUGAGGAACUGACCCAAUGUAUUGUAUAUUUAAAUGUAUGUAGUUAAUAGGAUAACUUUUAUACUGGAUGUAUAUUUUUAAUACUUAUAAAUAAAUCUAGUUUCUUACAA